AUGAGUACCUACACUCUCUCCUCCAGCCGACUAAAGAACAUUCUUGAAUACUGGAAAGCCCUUUCAGAUUCUGAAGAUCCUACCGCUCAGAAAUGUACCGCAAUUUUUUGUAUUUUUGGCGACAUAACUCCCAGUACUCUCGAAAAUCAACGGAGCGAGGCCCUUAUUCAGUAUCUACUCGAUGCGAAGUCACCGAUUACCAAUAUUGCAUUAGUUCUCACUGCAAGUGCUGUGCUUGUUAUUGUUAGCGAAGCUAUCUCUGUCCAGUCACCUGUGAUCGAGGGUAUUCAAGUGAGUAUCGUUGCGAAGGAAGCUGUACAGGAUGCUUUGCAGGACAUACUUAAAGACGCGACCGUGGCCAUUGCUCAAAAGGAGCUUGCUAUUCAAGAGGGAAGCUUUUCCUCCGAAAUCAUACAAACAUUUAAAAUGGUUGCAAAGGACACUGUGGAAGCGGCCCCAUUUAUUGGUGAGUUACUCUUCAGGAAGGAUGAUGCAGCCCUUGGAAGUGUAGAGAAGGCCGCCGGCCUCUGUACGGCAAUAUUCCGCCGAUUUGUAAGGCCACUCAUUGAGGAACAAAUAUCUUCAACUCAACCAAAAACAUUGGGUCAGCUUCGCGAAGAGGUGUGCGAAAAACUCGAGAAACCAAAUACCGUGCAAGGCUUGGAAUCGCUUAAUGUGUCCGAGUUCGUCAUGGCCGCCGCCUUGACCCCCUUCGUUUCCCGCAAAGGCACAUAUCAGUCUAGUAUUCAAGUCGAUGCACAACAGCUACAGGAUCUGGGCCAGUCAGCCUUCUCCGGAGAUGUCGUCGUUGUUCGGUACGGCACCAAGUGCAACUCUCAUAUUGCCUUCUUCGGUCGAACCAUGAUGGUGGAGUCUAAGGCACCAGCAGAUGCCAGGGCAUCCUAUGAGUUUGUUUUCAAUGUGAGUGAGAAGAUUAUUGCCUCUCUUGUGCCUGGUGUCAAACUAAAAGAGGUCUAUGAAUCCGUUAAGGAAUAUGCCAUCUCCUUGAAUGAUACCCUUGCCCGUUAUUUGAACAAGUCUUUUGGCUUUUCGACAGGUCUUCUUGUGCUGGAAGUGCGGGGCACUAUAUCAGAGAAGGGUACGGCAACGGUCAGAAACGGUAUGUGCUUUGUGGUUCGCGUAAUUUUGGAUCAAGUCCCCGACAGGAAUGGCGGAUUUUAUGGGAUGGAGCUAGCUGAUACCGUGAUAAUUCGGGACGGUGUGGCAGAGCUGAAAACAAAAGCCGCACGCAAACCAAGUGAAAUAUUGUACGAAAUUGAAGAAACCGCAGAGGAAACGGGCGAGCAAGCGACGCGCAAUUUAUCGAAGAUUACACGGCAAGGCAUGAAUGAUACAGCUAUUGUUCCACGGGAAGCUCAACGAGAGGACGAACUCAAGAAACUCCUCCUCGAACUCCACGCCGAAUUCAUCGCUGCAGGUGGCAAGAAGGGUGCACAGACAUCUACAGAAGAGCUACGCGUCUACGAAAUUGGUCGGCUUUCGUUUGGAGAGCUUCAUCCAUUCUCUGCCACUGACCGCGUUCCGCCAGCAGAAGCAAAAGGAAAUAUUUACAUUCAAACAGACAAAAAGAUCGCUUGGUUACCUCUAUUCGGUAAUCUGACUCCUUUUCAUGUCUGUACAAUCAGUAAAGUGGAUGUGCGCAUGGAGGGGGAUCGCUAUAUCAUGGUGAUUACCUUUCAUACCUUACAGGAGGCGAAUGUGGGCUACAAGCUGAACCGUACAAAGGUUUUCCUCAAAGAGCUUAACUAUGCAUCAUCAAGUGAUAUUUUUACCGAGGUUAAGCUUCAAAUUCAAGCUGUGCAACAGCGCAUCAAAAACGAAGAUGCUGCUAGAAAACGGAAUGCCACGACUGCUGUUACCGGCAAACUUGUAAUUGGCAAGAUUUUGGGCUUGCCGCAGGUGAAGCUGCGCCCACCCAUCAACAUCGGCCGCCAAAACAAAGGCUGCGUUGGCAACCUGGAGCUUCAUCAAAAUGGUCUGCGUUUCUCCCACCUGGGUGGUACUCCCAUUGAUGUUACUUUUGACAAUAUUAAACACGUCAUUUUUCAACCAUCUAUACAAGAAAUAUGUGUUAUCUAUCAUAUUACCCUGAAUAAACCAAUUGAAGUGGGUCGCAAGAAUGCAACGGAGCUGCAGUUUGUUGCAGAGGUGAUGGAAAGCAGUGAAGCCGCAACUGGUACACGCCGGUCACACCAAGAGGAAAUCGAGGCCGAACUCCGUGAUGAAAACCGCGCUCGCGAGACCAACAAGCAGUUUAUUACCUUUGCGAGAGCCGUAGAGGGGCAGAGCAAAAUAAAGACGCAGCUCCCAAUAAGCAAAUUCUUUUUCGAUGGGGUGCACACACGAUCCAUGGUGAAGUUCCGUGGCAGUAACGAAGUGUUAUGGGCUAUCAGUGACUGGCCGGCUUUUACGCAAGCGGUUAGUGAAGUCGAAGUGGUUUCCUUCGAGCGAGUGAUUCCAGGAGGCUCCACCUUUGACAUGACCUUAGUCAUGAAGGACUACUCCAAACCUGUGACAACCAUCAACUCCAUUCCGAGGCAGUUCCUCGACAUCCUGAAGGAUUGGUGCCUCUCCGCUCGGUUGUACUAUAUGGAGACAACCGUGAACCCGAAUUGGAAGGUAACGCUCAAGGAUAUUCGGGACGAUUCAGAGUGGGAUCCAUGGCUUCCCGGUGCGGGAUGGUCUGUAUUAAACGAUGAGGCUGAUGAAGAAGACGAAGAGACCGAUUCAGACUCAACUUACUAUGAAGAAGAAGAUGAAGAAAGUGACGACUCUGAUGAAAGCUCGUGGCUUGAAGAUGAAGAAAGCGAUGUGCCCACUGAAGAUGAGGACUCUAGUGAUGCAAGCUGGGAUGAACUAGAACAAAAGGCGGAAGAGCACGACCGGAAGCGACAUUACAGCGACAACGAUGAGGAGAGGCCAAAGAAAACUAGGCGAAAUGAUGCAAAUCCCCCCCGAGCCGCUACAGUCCCCCCACGCCAUGUCCCCGUAAAGACAAAUCCCUUCGGAAAGACCGCUGUUCCGCCACCCUCACGUAGGUUCUAA